CCCUUUGAAUUGGUAUCGACCAGCUGCAGCAGAUCUGUUGGUUCAUAUCUCUUCCUUUCUCGUUUCGCGUGCUGGAAUCAAAGAAGGUGGAGAAGCUAAUAUCAAAGACUUGCUAAUAUGGAGAAGCUCGACGAAGUGACGGCGUCCGUUUUACGGGGUAAAUUAAACUAUUUAAGUAAAAAUAUUAGCUAUGUGAUGCUCAAAGUAGUAUAUAAAUUCAUAUCCAGUAUUUUAGGGGUGUUCGUCGGCUAUUGUACGAGUAAAUUAAUACUUCGGUUUGUCAAAUAAAGUCAAGCUAAUGAGCCCGCGUGACAUGUCGGAGGAGAUGUAAUGUUGGUUCUUUCUAUCGUUAAUGUCACUUUAAUAUUGAUGCAUGAUAAUGAGUUUUUAUGUCUUCACAGAUGCAAACGUACAGGUCCAGGAUUUAACCCGCGAUGACCUCCGUGAUCUGUUCCCAGGACCGGAGAAUUUUCAUAAAAGGAAAGCUAUUUGGCUUGCACUCCACUCUGAGGAUGUGGACCAGCAUCUGGGUGUUCCUGCCCCGUCCACUCCCGUUGCAAGGAGCCAAAGAAAGGAAAAGACCCCUGAAAAAACAUUCACAAUCUUUUCGCCAGAAUAUGUACUCUAUACUGAUAAUGAGUUAGAGAACGUAAGAAACCAGUUUUUCGAUUUGCAAAGGGUCGGCAAAGAGCAGACAUGUUCCAUGUCUAAAGAGCUGCGCUGCAGACUAAUUAGGAACACCAUUACAAGCAUGAUCACCAUACUGCGGGCAAAGGGUGACGAUUCGUGUUCCCACUAUCCCGACAAAAAUGCCAUUACUGUAAUGGCGAAAAGAAUAAUUGGGUAUUACCCGAUGCUGCGGGACAAGGAAAUGAACCAGAAAAACCAAUGGGUCACUGUGUAUGCCCAGUUAUCGAAACGUCUCAGGAACAUCAGAACCCCCGUAAAGAAGGGGAGACGGGGGGAAAACGACUGUUCAGGUCCGAUGAGGACGACGACUUUGGCAGCAGUGACUCCACAGUCAUACUGGACAGCACCUCCAGCCCUUCCAGCCCUGCGUCGCCCAGCCAUCACAGCCCUGCGCCGCCCAGCCGUCACAGCCCUGCGCCGCCCAGCCGUCAAAGCCCUGCGCCGCCCAGCCGCCAAAGCCCGGCGCCGCCCAGCCGCCACAGCCCGGCGCCGCCCAGCCAUCACAGCCCUGCGCCGCCCAGCCGCCAAAGCCCGCCGCCAAAGCCCGGCGCCGCCCAGCCGUCAAAGCCCGGCGCCGCCCAGCCGUCAAAGCCCGGCGCCGCCCAGCCGUCAAAGCCCUGCGCCGCCCAGCCGUCAAAGCCCUCCGCCGCCCAGCCGUCAAAGCCCGGCGCCGCCCAGCCGUCAAAGCCCUGCGCCUUCCAGUCCUCGCGCACCCUGCCGUCGCAGCCCUCCGUCACCCAGCCCUCCGGCAAGACGUCGCAAGACAUCCCAGGGGGGGAAAGGGAUCGGCACCAAUGUGGCACAAACUGCUGAAAAAGUCGACAGAGAUAGCCCUGCUGCUCAAGCAAGGCACUACCAGGCCCUGCAGAGUCUCUGGAAGAAGGGCAACCUCCCAAACAAGGAGGUGGUGGCACAGUUGCUUGAUCUGGAGUUUGAGGCCAGGAGGGCCUUCAUUGACUCUGAUGUCCUAAAAGAAGAUAGACAUGACCAGAUCCUGAAAGCGUACCCCUGCUUCAGGGAAAUUGACCAUGUGAUGGAUGAGCUCAGGCGUAUCCUGGACAGAGACAAUCUGAACUUCUUGACUGAGGUGAAGGGAAGGUGGCAGAUGUUUUGCAAUAAGGCCCAGUUUUAUGCCGUGGCGAAAAAAUCCAUCAAGUCGCCUGUGGGAGCAAGCAAAGUUCAACAAGCAAUUGAUUUGCUGAGGGCUUUGCCCGACAUCUUUCCCUCCUCCUCUCUGCCUCCCAAGAAGCUGCCUUCCGCCAGUGAGGCAUUCCUCCACAUCCUUGAGGACAACGAGGAUCCAAACUCAUACCUGCAGAAACGGACCCUCUCCUGUCCAGUCCUCAUCACUGGCCCCUCCAACUGCAUGCUGGCUGUGGGGAACACACCCAUCACAUCAUUCGAAAAAGACUUGCUUUUGGAGGGCAUGCUUUAUGUCCUUGCCCUUUAUUACGCCUUCCACCUCACAUAUCCGAAAUUCACCGCGACUCUUUUCUCAGUUAUCCAAAGUGAGGUUCUUCUAGACGGCGUUCAUAGCCUUGACCAGACUACUGCCUUCAAAAAGGCCCUAAAUGAAUGGAGGUCAUUUUAGCCAGUCUUUUUUUUCGAAUGCUGCUGUGUUUCCCCAGCCC